AUGGCCGCCAACAAAACUACCCAUGAUGAACGUUCAUCCUCAACCGACCAACAAAAUGAUUCUUCUAACGAAAACGAGUCAAAGCAAAUGACAAAGUCAAACAAAAAUGAUUUCACCAGUCAAGAUCAACAAGUUUCGCAACCAGCAGGUCAAGAAACAGAAAAGAAGCAAAAGAGCAGUGCACCUCGUGUGAGACUGGACAUGGAUCUCGAUGUUGAGUUGGAACUUAAAGCAAAGAUUCAAGGCGAUCUUGAAUUGGCAGUCUUGUAA